CAAGUUAGGGAGUGUCAGGGUCCGCCUUAAGCCACUUAGCACCUAGCCUCCCACGCCUACCUUACAUAUACCAAAUACUCCCCGGAUGCAAAUUUCCAUUAUUUUGCUUCCGAAAUGUCAAUCAAGAAACCGUUAUUUGAUCUAGCCCUGGGAACCCCCUCCCGAUCGUUAUGUUUUUAAAUGGAUUUCUAUGCGUCCAAUUCCUAUUCUGAGGUAACUGGAAGCGAUCUGAUUGGCCGCAUCUAUUACAUGUCUCGUUGCCACCAUCUAGCCCGCGGUUCUUCCUUCUCUUUCGUUGCUGCUGUGGGUAUUGGUAUGGGUACAAGCAUACGGAAACAACAGCGAAUACGACCGCCCACGUGAUCGGAGCUGUAUGACUCUGGCGACGAUGAGCUCAUCAGGCGCCAAUUCCAAGGGCCGACAGCAAAAUGACAAGCUGCCGAAGGGGACCGGGAAGAGAAUCAUAAACGCAUGCCAAAGGUGCAAGUCGCGGAAGAUACGCUGCGACGGCGCCACGCCAAUCUGCGGGAAAUGUUCGAGCCAGAAUGUGGAGUGCGUCUAUGGAGAACGGCGGUGGAGAGGGAAAGGCAGGACUCAAACCCAUGUCAAAGAGCUACAACAACGGCUCGAGCAGAUGGAGCAUUCGCUGAGGUCGUCUGGUAUCACACAUGACAACAGCCAAACGCCCGUGGAACCCUCGGUGGAAAUGGACGAUGAAAUCUACACCGGUCAUUAUGGCCAGGAGUCAACAGAACCAUCACUGCCUCCAGCGGAGACGUCAUCUUCCAUUGAGACCAGCAAUGGAGAGAAAUUCGUCCCCUUGCCCGAGUUCCUCAGCCACAAUAUGGCAGAGAUCAAAGCCGCCGGAAACAUGGCUCUCAAAGAGACAGGGAAAACGCCGAAGCAAUUCGUAGAGAUGAUGCCCAAGGAGAACGCAAUUGUCCUGGUCUAUUCGUAUCUGGAACAAACAAAUGCCGUGGAGUUUCCCCUUUUCCAUAGGGCAGCGCUGUGGUAUCGGGUGCAGCAUCAGUUCGCACAAAGCCCGGAGGGCCACGAUCCAGCAUGGUGGGCGACUUUCAACACCAUUCUCGCGACGACCCUUCAGUUGAAAGCGAUAAACAAUCCACGCGAUUUUGACAGCGUCUCACGAUAUGCGUGGGGUUUCUUCAAGAAUGCUUGGUCGGUGUAUGGAGAGAUCAUUGCUGGGGAGCCAUCGCUACUUUCCGUGCUGGCUUUGUUGAUCAUGGCACGAUUUCUUGAAGGGAGCACAGAUCUUCGGACUAUGUCGAUGGUAAUGAGUGCGGCGGUGAGAAUGGUAACAGCACUUGGAAUGCACCGAGAACCGGCGUAUGACGUUCGAGAAGACGAACGAGACCAAAGGAGGAGGGUGUUCUGGUGUACGUAUCUGUUGGACAAACGGACGAGCAUCGACAUCGGAUUGCCGCCACUCCUAGACCACAUUUACGCAGUCAAGCUCCCGAACGAGCUUUCCAAUACAGGUGCUGGAUGCAUUGAGCUUGCGGAUGGGGGCCAUGCGAACAUUUUCCGUUUGAGGGUGCAGCUUUCUAUACUGGAGAACAGGCUCCAAAAAUUGGUUCUCUCCCCGAAGCCGACGAUCAAUGAGAUCCAACAGCUUAGCAACGAUCUCGAAAAUUGGAGGAGUCGAAUACCACCAGCAGUUCAACCGGAGUCGGAUAUGGUGGUCGCGGAGGGGGUGGACAGGUUUCCACUCCUGAUGCUCCAUUUGGCAUACUAUCACCUCUCAAGUGAGGCUUUCAGGGCUAUUGCCCGUUGCAGUGAGCAGAUAGAUCGUGAUGGUUAUAGAGUCGCUGCCCAUCUUUCUGCUUCCGCUUCAAGACUUUCGCUCAGUCUGGUGAGAUGGAUAGAGCCGUGUAUACCAUUUCUCAACCUUUGGUAAGUAGCCAUUUGUCUCAUCACGCCUAUCUGCCAACCGCAGUAGGCGCGCACAGAGGGAAGCAAUGCACUGCCAUAGCAAAUAUUGACAACGUUCGCAGGCGAGCUCUACGGUACUUACUGGCGGCAGCACACAAUCUGGUGGUGGGAAUAAUAUCUCAGCCGGGCUGCCACCAUGGCCCAUUAGAUAUCGAAUGUCUAAAUGCCUUCGCUUCUAAACUCCAACAUUGGCACGAGAAGGAGAAUGCCAGUAUACAGGUCAUAUUAUUAGAUACUAAGAUGCUUCUCACCGUUGCAAGAGGCAUCAUCAACGGCCGAAGCGCGAUUGUAAGUA